AUGUCUGCUCCCUUGACAGGAGUGUGAGUAGUUUCCUCUCCUCUCCUCUGGCUCAUUCAGUCCGUGGUGGUGUGUGGAUGUGCUGUGCGCUCCGCCGUGUCUCCGUGGCGCAGGACAGGACGGUCGCCACGCCUUCAGGGACGCACUCUGCCUCGGCGUCAGCUCUGCGCGUGUGUCCGGUGCUCACCGGUGGAAACCUGGGAACCUGUCCGGAGCGAGGAUCAUUCAACAACCAGACAUUGCGCCCGUGGAGUCCGGCUGAUGCCAGCUGAACAGGCUGGUGUGUGAACGUUGAUUUGAAUUCUUUUUUGGGGAAAUAUCAAGAGCGGCUCUUUUAUUGAUUUGUCACCGGAUACAGGUCGGAUCGAAGAUGGGCAUUGAAGUGUAGUGCUGACAGGAAUGCCCCAGACUGUGUGCUCAGGCAUCAUGUUCACCACUCCCAGUGGCUUCAGCCCUCAUCUGGCCUGUGCUGAGCCUGGGGAGGAGGAGGAGGCCCCUCAGGAGGGUCCGGAGCCCGGGGCUUGCCUGGCCGACGGGCCCCCGAUCACCUCUGCCUCCCUGGACACCCUGAUCCAGAAUCUGGUGCCCACUGCUGAUUACUACCCUGAGAAAGCCUAUGUGUUUACCUUCUUGCUGAGCGCUCGUCUGUUCAUCCCUCCUCCGGAGCUGCUGGCCAGGGUGUGUGAGCUGUGCAUCAAACAGCAGCAGCUGGAUCAGAGCCCACUCGAUACGGCAAAAGUGAGGAAGUUUGGCCCGAAGAUAUUGCAGCUGCUGACAGAGUGGACGGAGACAUUCCCGUCUGACUUCAGGGACGAGAAGAUGGUCGGACUCCUGAAAGACAUCAUCCACAGGAUAGCUCAAUGUGAUGAGGCGUACUGGAAAACCCUGAACCAGGUGCUGCAGAACCUCAGCCAGAGGCUGGCCCAGAUGAGCCAGGGGGAGGAGAGCAUCGUCAAGGUUUCCCUCAAUGCCUCCUCCAUCUCUGACAAGCUGGUGGCCUUCAAGACCAAGCCUCCGCCCAUCCAGAAGGACAUGCUCUCCAUCUGCAACGACCCGUACACGCUGGCACAGCAGCUCACCCACGUGGAGCUGGAACAUUUGAGUCAUAUUGGGCCAGAGGAGUUUGUCCAAGCCUUUGUUCAGAAGGACCCACUAGAUGGAACACAGCAGCCGUGCUUCAGUGACCAGAAGAAGAAAACCUCCAACCUGGAGGCUUAUGUCAGGUGGUUCAACAGACUGUGUUACCUGGUAGCUACUGAGAUCUGCAUGCCGGCAAAGAAAAAGCAAAGAGCCCAAGUGAUCGAGUUCUUCAUCGACGUUGCCAGGGAGUGUUUCAACAUUGGAAACUUCAACUCCCUCAUGGCCAUCAUCUCCGGUAUGAACAUGAGUCCUGUGUCACGGCUGAAGAAGACUUGGGGCAAAGCCAAAACUGCCAAGUUCUUCAUUCUGGAGCAUCAGAUGGAUCCUACAGGAAAUUUUUACAACUACAGGACGGCCUUGAGAGGGGCCGCCCAUCGCUCUCGGACUGCCAACAGCAACAGAGAAAGGAUUGUAAUUCCCUUCUUCAGUCUGCUGAUCAAAGAUAUUUAUUUCCUGAAUGAAGGAUGUGCCAAUCGGCUGCCCAAUGGCCACGUGAACUUUGAGAAAUUUGUGGAGCUGGCACGUCAGGUUGGGGAAUUUAUGACAUGGAAACAGGUGGAGUGUCCAUUUGAGGAGGACCGGGCCAUCCUACACUACCUCCACACCGCUCCGAUCUUCAGCGAGGACGGUCUUUACCUUGCGUCCUAUGAGAGUGAGAGUCCAGAGAACCAAGUAGAGAAGGACAGGUGGAAAGCACUCAGGUCUAACGUUCUGGGAAAGACAUGAGGCGCUGUCGGCAGCUAAACCCCUCCCACCAGCGGGGGAGCGUGUGUUCUCACUGCACUAAAACGAACUGUGAAGGAACCAAGCUGGUACUUAGGUGAUUUUCUAUGAA